AUGGGUCGAGGCGCUGCUCGCUACUCGUCGACGUCGCGCCGCGGACGACGAGGGGGAAGUGGUGGACGUCGUCAUGGAGACAGACGCGGGCCUGACAGUGUGGAUUUCCGAGCUGCCGGUUACAACGACAGCGUCGCGUGCAGCGUAAACGAGAGCGCAGUGGGCAUCCAGUGCUUCCUCCAGCCCACAGUGCGUGGCUUCCACGGCGCGACAAAGCAGCGGUACUCGGACUUUGUCGUGCGAGAGGUGGCACGGGACGGCCACGUGGUGCGCCUGACGGACAUUCAGCGCUUUGCGCGCCGGGACAAGCCGCUGAAGGUCAGCGAAGUGUUCAAGCACAAGGUCUUUGCGCUGCUCAAUGGCGCAACAACCCAUACGAUGGACAUUCCCGCGUCGGUGCACGGCCUCGUGGGCACGUUAGCCGGUCGACUCCUGGGCGCGCUCAAUGCCAACAAGCGCGCGAGCGCGUUGAAGCUCGAGCAGGCGAACGUGCAAAAGCUGCACGAGGUCGUGGCUCGAGCCUGCGGCGAUGCAACAGCGGAGCAGCUGAGAGCGUUUAUGCUCCAGUUGGUCGACGCACAGGUACAGGCGGAAGAAGCGAAGCGGCUGGCCAAGCACACGAGCAAGUGCAGCAACGACACGACCGUACAAGACGAGGCGAUGGACGUGACUGAGCCUGCAAAGCCGCAGACAGACUCGAUGUUCUUUUUCCCGUCCAUGGACGCAAAGGAGACGCGAGCUGCAGUGCAUGAAGCAGUGCGUCAGUUCAGCAGUGGCCUUGUCGUGUCCGACACCACGACGAACGCUGAUGGCGUGUCGGUGAUUCGACUGCGGCAGGUGAUGGUCAACGGGAAGAAGCGCAAGGAUAUUGACCAGCGUGGAAGCUCUAGUGCACGUGCGUCGUGGCCGAAAGACCGGCCCGAGUACUUGCAGUUUGUCCUCUACAAGCGCAACCUCGAGACCAAUAGCGUCAUGAUGCAGCUCGCGAAAGCCAUGAACCUGAACGUCUCGAGCUUCACGUACGCAGGUACGAAAGACAAGCGCGGCAUCACGACGCAGCUCUGCACGGUCUAUCGUGGCUCGAAAGAGCGACUCGACUCGCUGAACCGGGCGGGUCGCGAGCUGGACGCGUUCAACUUUCUCGUGGGCAACGCGACGUACGUCCCGCAUCGACUGAACCUCGGCGACCUGCGCGGCAAUCGGUUCUCGAUUGUUGUCCGCGACCUCCCAGAUGAAGAGACGAUUGCAGACGCAGAAGUCCACGAAGCUGUUCGCAGCUGGAGUGAGCACGGCUUCAUCAACUACUUUGGCCUGCAGCGCUUCGGCACCAAAGCGAUCGCCACGCAUGAGAUUGGACGAGCGAUCUUGCAGCGCGACCACAAGCGCGUGGUCGAGUUGCUGCUGCAUCCACAAGAGGGUGACGCGACCUUGAUCCGCAAGGCACGCGAGGCCUUCCGAGACAAUCAAGACGUCGAAGCCGCGCUGAAGGCACUUCCUCCGUACUUGAUCGCUGAACGCGCAGUGCUGCAUGGACUCCGUGUGCAUGGCGCAACAGCCUAUGCCAGUGCUAUCCAGAGUAUCCCUCGUCACCUCCGCAUGAUGUACACACACGCGUACCAGAGCUACGUGUGGAACUCUGUGGCCAGCGAGCGCUUGACACGGUAUUCCAGAACUUCGCCCGUGAUCGGUGACCUUGUGAUUCCUCAUGAUACCAUGACGGACGACAUUGUUGAUGGCAGCGAAGUGGACGGUGUCGAUGGUGCUGAAGAAGAGCGAGAUGCAGCUACGCCAGUGUACAAGAAGCCUCGGACAUUGGCUGAAGCUUCACGCCCCGAGACGGAUGUUGUCGUCGUCACGGCUGAAACGCUGGGUCAAUACAGCAUUUAUGACGUAGUGCUGCCGCUACCAGGCUACAGCAUUGCGUAUCCGGAGAACGGGCUCAAACAGCGAUACGACGAGAUCUUGACAGCCGAUGGUGUGGAUUUCUGCUCACUGGAACGUGCGACGAACUCCGAGUACCAUCUUCCAGGGUCUUACCGGCAUGUGGUGAAGAAGCCCGUGGACGUGCAGCAUGAGCUGAAAAGGUUCAACGACCCUACAGUUCCGCUCCUUGAAACUGACGUCGACCGCUUUGCUGGCCGCUCCGUUCAAGGCUCUAUUCCCGAUGGCAAGUUUCGUGCUCUGUGCCUGGAGUUCCAGCUUGGUCCGUCUUCAUACGCGACCAUGGCAGUGCGUGAAUUGCUGAAGCAGAGCAGCAACCUUGAUGUCCAGCUUCAGCUGAAGAAGAAGCUUGAUGCUCAAGAUGCUAAGGCGAGUGAACCAGUCGAUGCCGUGGAUGCUACAACACGUCAGGGAUUGCUAGAUACUUCCAGUUAA